CCCAUUCCAACAUCUGUCGUUGAUUUAUCUUUCUUUUUUGUUGUUUAAUAAUUGAAAUUGAAAAUUCUCUCUUUGCUAAAGUUUAUACUGCUUCCUGCUGCUGCUGCUGCAAUUUUGUCCAAAUAAAAAUUGUUUAUUAAUUGUUUAUCAACUACCAAAAAGUAAAAAACCCCAACCCAGCGAUAUUAUUGAUUAAAACAUCGGAUUAUUGCGUUGUUUUCCUGAUUCGGUUUCCGAUUUUUCAUUGAGAAUCCACAACAAGAAUUCUUGGAAAAACUAUUCGUAAAAAUAUCUACACUCCCACACAAUGUCUGACGAGGAAUCCUUUGUUAUCUUGGGCACGUCGCCAACAUCAUCCAUGGACACUAUCAAUUCUCUACCGAUGGUAUCGGAUCCCGUGGCAAUGAAGGAAGCUCUCAAAGACGCUGAAACUACUCCACUAAAUGGUAUAGUGAAGCUCAAUGACAGUGGACUGUCCCAGAGUCAGUUUACGGCAUCGACGUCUUCCGAUGGAAGUCAAUACAGCAUUGUCCACAAUGGCAACGCAGCUAAGGUAACGACAAAUGGAACCAGUGAUGUGGAUGGUGCGCUAAUAGCUGAUUGUGUAUCAUCGACUCCGUCGAAAUUACUUACAUCAGUUGCAAAGUCUCUUCCCGAGGAGAGUGUCACAUCAAACAAGGACGAAAGCAUUGCUAAGAAGCUGCCGACAUCGAAUGGAAUGGACACAUCCGCAAUGACGACUUCUGUCAAGCCACCAAACUCAGAGUCAUCGCUGGCGGCUAGUUUCAUUUUGGGUGAAGUAAACUCUGACAUUCUGAAAGCGAGUGUUUACUCUCAGUUUCCAAGUAUCUGUUCCAUGGGCGCCUGCACCGAAGAUGUGAUGAAGCUACAGAGUAUGAUGUCCGAAUAUAUGGAAUUGAAGAAAACUCUUCUUAAUACAAACAUCACCAUGAAACAGUUAUAUGAUCAGACACAAAAGUGGAAGGCCGAUGUCAAGGCCAUGGAAGAUGAGCGUAAAGUUGAAAUAGCCAAGCUUCGCAACGAAAAUCUAGAACUUCGUCGAGACCUUGAUUUGAAAGUUGAACAAAUAAAUAUCAACGAAGAAGCCAGACGCAAAGAACACGAAGAGUUCAUUCAAAGUCUCUCUGAUAAGACGGCUCAAAUUGAAAAUAUGAGUACACAAAUUCAAAAAUUGGAACAACAACAAUUGGCUUCUUUUGAAUUUAUUCCAAAAAAUGAAACGGAACAGGCCUCGGCGUCGUCCAACACCACCAAUGAAUCCAGUGAAGAAGCAGCCGGAGCUACACCUGUUCCAGAAUACGUAACUAUGUUGGAACAUAAACGUGUUGUAAAAGAUUUUGAAAGACAGAUGUCAGCUAUUGUUGCUGAGAAUUUGCAACUUAAAGAUAUGCAAAAUCUUUAUAUUGAUGAGAUCAACUGCCUAAAAGUAAGUUUGGUUGCUGCUGAGGAAUUGCAAAAGCAAUCCGAGGCAGAUAUAAAAUUCCUUAAAGCUAGUGACGAGGAUAAGAGUGAAAUAUUUAAGAAAUUCGAAGCUGAACGCAAAAGUCUUCGUGUUGAUCUUGAUGUUUUGACACAGCAACUCGAAAUCUAUUGUCGGGAUUUUAAAAUCGAGCAAGAAGCCCGAGAGAAUCUAGCAAAUGAAAAAGAUCAGUUGCUUGCUGAUUUGCGUGAGUUGCAAAGGAAAAAUCAAGGACUCAUUGAAGAAGCUCAGAAAAAAUACGAAGAACAUACCAAACAAGUUAUGGCCGCAACAGGAGCUUUCCCCAAGACCAGAACCCAAACGAUGACAUCUUCAUCUGCAUCUUCGUCCAGGUCGAGUAUUUACUCCCCCGAAAACAAUUUCAAUUGUCCAUUGUGUGGUAAAAUCUUCAAGACUCUGUGUAUCCUACAAACUCAUGUAAAUGAAUGCUUGGAUGGAAAUUAGUUUUAGUUAUUCUUAUUAUCAACAAACAAACAAAAAAUCAAUUCACUUGUUGUUCUUUUCAAUUCUAUUAAUAGAUUUUAAGAUAUCGCGGUAUUAAAACCAAAUACCCUUACCUGAAUGGACAUUUUUAAAAUGGGUAUUAUAAUAAUCUUGACACAUAUAUCAUUUAUAUUUUGUAUAUUUAGUUAUUUUUAUUUGUAAAAGUGAAAUUAUAUUAAAUUUGUUUUUUUUUUUUAUAAUUAGUCAAAAUUUCUGAUUGUACACGAAUUUCAAAAAUUUAUGUUUAGAUUUGGAAACAAAUUAAAAAGAAUUUUAUGUGAGUUACAUAAUUUGUACGGAAUUAAGAAAACCAAAAUACGACUUAACAAAAACAAUUUCAAAAUUGUUCAAUUUGUGAACAUAAUUUAACUUUAUCAUGAUACUAUUACCAACAUUCAAACACUGUUAUCUUAGGCAUAAACAAAUAACGAUUAAAAUAAAUAUAUAUUAAAAAUAAUGAGUAAAACAAUAA